AUGGUUAAGUGCUUAUGCGAUUAUGGGUUAUUUGCAGAUGUCCUAGACAUCUAUCAAACAUGUCGAAUUUUGGGUUGCGUUUCUGAUAACUAUACCUUUCCUUUUGUGAUCAAGGCGUGUUCGGCUUUGGGUGCUUUUGUUGUUGGUAAAGAGAUACAUUGUCUUGUUUUGAGAACUGGGUUUGGAGAUAAUCUCGUUGUACAGACAGCUCUUGUUGAUUUGUAUGCGAAAAAUGGUCAAAUGAGGACUGCGCGUUUGCUGCUUGAUAGAAUAGCUCAACCGGACUUGGUUCCUUGGAAUGCGUUGAUUUCUGGGUAUUCUUUGGAUGGACUUUAUCAAGAGGUUUUCGAGGUCUUUCGGGAAAUUUGUGAGAAGGGGUUGAGCCCUAAUGUGAGCACUUUGGCCAGUGUAAUUUCCGUAUGCUCCCGUUUGGAAAAUAUUGAUAUUGGUAAGUCUCUCCAUGGGUUUGCUUCCAAGUCAGGUUACAUUACAAAUGAAACUUUGACACCUGCUUUGAUUUCAAUGUAUGCCGGUGGUGGAGAUUUAUCUUUGGCUAUAAACCUGUUUGAUUGCUUACCCAAAAAAAGUGCCACCAUAUGGAAUGCCAUGAUCUCUGCAUACACAAGGAACCAGAAAUUUGAUGAUGCCUUUGAAUUGUUCCAGAAAAUGCUCCGAGAUAGUAAACAACCUAAUAUGGUUAGUUUUGUUUCUAUCAUCCCCUCUUGUGAGAGCUCCGAUAGCAUUUGGCAGGGGGAGUCUCUUCAUGCUCUUGUAAUAAAAAAUGGGUUUGAGAAUCAACUUUCCGUGGCCACAGCCCUUUUAUCAAUGUAUGCCAAGCUUGGAGAUCUAAACACAGCCGAGUUUCUUUUUGACCAGAUGCCCCACAGAAACCUCCUGUCGUGGAAUUCCAUGGUUUCUGCAUAUGUGCAGAAUGACGUUUGGGAUGCAAGUUUAUCUGCAUUCCGUGAAAUGCUGUAUGCAGGAUUUGAUCCAGAUGCAAUCUCCGUAGUUAGUAUUCUUUCUUCCUGCUCUGAACUAGAAGCCACUCUGCUGGGCAAAUCUGCACAUGCAUUCAGUGUUAAGAAAGGGAUUGAUUCUAAUCUCAAUGUCUCCAAUGCACUGUUGGCAUUUUACUGUAAUUGUCAUCAGCUGACCUAUUCUUUUAAGUUGUUCCAUGAAAUGGCUAUAAGAAAUGUUGUUUCAUGGAAUAGUUUGAUAUCGGGAUGUGUUCAAAAUGGAGAAGCAAAAGAGGCAGUUUUCCUUGUUCACCAAAUGCAAGAAGGCGGCAUGGACUUUGAUUUGGUUACCUUGGUAAGUGUUGUCACUUGUUAUGGUGAGAUCAAAAAUUUAGUGCAAGGUAUGGCUCUUCAUGGCUAUGCUAUCAAAGCAGGCCUUGCUUCUGAUGCGACUUUAGCUAAUGCAUUCAUUAGCAUGUAUCUAAAUUGUGGAGAACUCGAUGGCGGGAGAUUACAAUUCGAUGACAUGCCUAAUAAGAAUGUGGUUUCUUGGAAUGCUCUGAUAACUGGUUAUCGACUUCGCAAUUUACGAAAUGAGGUUAUUGACUUGUUUGGACAGAUGAUAAAGGAGGAUCAGAAACCAAAUCACGUAUCCCUGCUAAACCUAUUAUGGGUAUGUUACACCCAUUUGCAAGCUUGUGUUCAGCUAAACAAUUUGAAUCUAGCAAAUUGUGUAAUGGCACAUGUAAUACACAAGGGUUUCGAAAAAGAUGUUGCCAUUAACAAUGCCCUUAUUGAUUUGUAUGCAAGAUGUGGGAACAUCACGUUUGCAAGGAAGCUCUUUGACGGUUUGUUUCAAAAGGAUUCAGUCUCUUGGAGUGUGAUGAUUAAUGGGUAUGGGUUGCAAGGUGAUGGUGAAGCUGCCAUUGCUCUUCUCUCACAGAUGCGACUUUUGGGUUUGAAACCUGAUGACAUUACUUAUGUGAGUCUUUUAUCAGCUUGCAGCCAUGCUGGGUUAGUGGGGCAAAGCAAUAUGAUUUUCAACUCUAUGGUAGAGCAUGGUAUAAUGCCAAGGAUGGAGCACUAUGCCUGCAUGGUGGACCUUCUUGGUAGAACAGGUCACUUAAAUGAGGCUUACAAUAUUGUUAAGGGUUUGCCCCUAAAACCUUAUGUAAGCCUGCUGGAAUCAUUAUUAGGUGCUUGUCUAAUGCACAGCAAUGUUGAACUCGGGGAGGAAAUUGGUGGGUUGCUUCUUGAAAUGGACCCACAAAAUUCAGUACCUUAUGUGAUUCUUCACAACAUCUAUGCAGCAGCCGGAAGGUGGACAGAUGCAAACAAAGUGAGGUCUAACAUGGAUGGGAAACAACUAAGAAAAGUGCCUGGUUUUAGUCUGUACAAGGGACAUGAGUAUCACCAUGAACAGUAGUCUUAAAUUCUUUAUGGAGGCAAAGGAGAAUCUAUAUUCUUUGUUGAUCAGUUGUACUGGCUUAAAUUCUUGCAUUGUGCAGAGGCACAAUACAUACUGGUCCAUUUAGCAGCAUCAAACUAGGCAUUUGGUUUGGCAUUGGAAGCCAUAAUUCCCUACGAUUUUGGAUGAUCCAAUUAUGCUUGGAUUUUGAAUUCUAUUAAAAGCCCUCCAGUAUCUUAUGGACUUCACUGCCCCCAAGCACUUAUUCAAAGGUCCGGGCAACUUUGAAGACCUCUGACU